AUGGCAUUCGCCCAGCACGGCCUCCCUGACAUCAUAGUUUCGGACAAUGGCCCUGCUUUUACCAGUGCACAGUACCUGGACUUCUUGACUCGAAAUGGAAUACGUCGCAUGCUGGUACCGCCGUAUCACCCUGCGUCCAACGGUGCCGCAGAGCAAGCAGUACAGACUGUCAAAAACAAACUCAAGAAAUCUGGGUCGGGCAACUUCCAAGCACAGCUGUCCCGGUUCUUAUUCCACUACAGGACUACACCUCACGAAGUAACGGGUCGGCCACCGUGCGAACUCCUCACAGGGAGAGCCUUCAAGACAACGUUGGAUGUCUUGCGGCCAAACCUGCAGACGUCGGUACUUGUAAGGCAACUUAAGCAGAAGUUUUAUGCCGACAGAGGAUCCCGGCCAGCUCCGUCAUUGCAACCAGGAGACAGCGUGUAUGCGCGAAACUUUCGACAGGGAGCACCAUGGGUGGGGGCCAGUGUUGUCGACGUCAGCCCACCGUCGGCCUGCGUCAUUCUCGACGAUAGGUCUAUAUGGCACCGACACGGUGACCACUUGCGUCUUGCCCAGACAGGGCCACGGGGUACAUCUGAAACGGAUGCACUUCACCAUGCUAGUGCUGUGGCCAUAUCACAAUGGAAACAGCCUCCUCUCCUUGAAUCAACUGUUCCGGACAUGCCGGAGCAAGAGGCUGUCGAGCCGUCUACAAGUUCGCCUGAGAGGGGCUGUGCCAUAAACACUGACAUUACUGCGAGCAACAGUGGUGUUCAUGUGGGGAGUGACUCUUCCGUGGCUGCACCUUGCACACCAGUGUUGCUGCGCAGCAACAGGUCGAGGAAACCAGUGCUUAGGUACUCCCCGUAG